ACCAGCCAAAGUACAAGGUUUCUAUGGGCAGUAAAACUUCAGCCCAAACUGUCAAAUAACUCAAUGGUUUUUGCCUCCAUAAAGAGGCAAUACAAAGAAAAUGGGUUUUCAACACAGAGAAAAACAAAUUCCAAGAUGCUGGCUGAGGUUAGUAUACAUGCUGCCUAUUCUCCUUUACCUCCUGGUUCUUCAUCCUACCUCUGAACUAUGGUGUCGACGCUCUGAAGAAGACCCUGCAUCCCAGCAAUAUUCCUCAUCUAUAAAAUAUUGAAUUGUGCUCCUUUAAACCCAAAACAUACAAGAUGAUGUCCAGGGAAGUUAGAGGAACAUGUAUCAGUUGAAGAAUCAGGGGUAUGGUCCCUCCUGUCUAUCUCCCCAGUUUACCCUGGCCCACAUCCCAUUUGGAAUGACCAUGUAUAUGGAGACAGAGGAGGAUAUUCUUCCACUUUUAACAUCAAAAGGAGACAGCGGAGGCAUCUAGAUCGAGGUAACAGUUAUCCUUUGAGGAGCUGUAACAAGAAUAUUUGGAAGUGGACCAAAUCCAGAAUAAUCAAGCUUGAAAGGACUAUAAUUGUAAGUAGUAGCAAUGCUGUUGUUGUGUUGAUAAAUACAAAGUACAGUCAUAAAGGUGGGGGAUUUAAUCAUGUUCCAGAAUGAUAUGGCUGUUAAGGCUUUCCAGGUAAGCCAGAGAGUUGAGACAAUCCUCAUUCAAGUGAGAAACGAAUUUGCCCCUCCUUAUCUGCAGGUGAGUGUUAGAAGGACGAUGGAUGGAUUUGAGGCCUUGUAGUAGGACUGAAUUCCCAGGAUGAGCUCCAACCACCUCUGAAUGCCCCAGAGAUAUCUAUGUUCCAUGUGAUCUGGUCUGCACCAAGUCCAUAGAAGCUACACUCACUUUUCCCUGCUGAAUUAUCAAAAUAAUUGCCCUUCAGCCCAUGCCUCACUACCCUGUAGACAGAAUCCACUCAUUUCCCUAUCACAUGGGCUACAAUUGCUACUUCAAAUGAAAACCUGGGAAGCCAAUACCCUGCUGCGGCUGAAAGUGUGUAAUUAGCUUCUCUUGCAGCCUGUCCCCACUGAUUUUUCUGACGCACGUUGCCUGGAGUGUGCCCUUUCCGAGACCUUCAAUGUCUUCUCCACAGCUGGAGAUGCCCAAAUCUGCACGCAGCACUUCCUGUGGGUGUGGCCUUGCAUUCUUAGGACUAAAGGGUACCCGUUACAUGCCAAAUGGAUCACAGGCUCCAGCCACUCACAGAUUCACAAUGCUUUUAAAAAUACAGCAGUGGAGUAUGAGUGGCUAUAUCAGAUAUGAGGGUUUUCCACCCCCUCCCUUGUCUUUUAAAAUAUGAUUUUGUAAUGCUGGCCUGAAGAAACACUGUAAUUGGUCAGCCUGGGGUGCGUUUGAAGGCCUUUACUAUCGCGUCAUUAGCUAUUCUCAGGAGAGGAAAGGCGGGUAUCCCCCCGGGAGAAUGACAACACACUUGUUUCAAGUUAGGGAAGAGCCUGCGGUUCUCUUCCUGAGUUUGGGGGAAAGCGAACACACAAUGUUCAUUUCCUAAAUACGGGAUGUGCUGUGCUGGCAGGUCAUUUUCCACCAUGUCACAUCCUUCUGGAUGAAGGCAGCAGGGGUCAGGGCAGGAAAUGGCAAAUUCUCAGAAUGAGACAAGGCUUUCCCAGGGCAGCCAUUGGUUCUCUGGAACUAUAAAGCACACUCAUCCAGAAACGGCCUCAGAUUUUACUUUGGUUUUCUGGAACUAUAAAGCACAUUCAUCCAGAAACGGCAGCCAGAAGUGAAUGAGCAAAGGCCUCAGUAUUGGAGAAGCUUUCUAAUACCACGCCCCUCCCAGCUUAAAUCUUAUUAACACAUAGCUGACGAAGCCCAUCGUUAGCGUUCCCUGGGAGAGAAGCAGAAGAUGGCACCAUUCCUGUUUCCAUAUGCAGAGAUAAGGCCCUGAGAACUUGUGGGGCUCCACCCGGAUUCCGGAACAGAUCUUCCAUGAGAACUUGACCCACGAUCCACUGCAAACAGACCCGUUCCCCUAGCGUUGCAGGGGAUGCUCCGCUGAACUCGUGCCAACUUCCCGCGGGGGCCCGGGAAGCGGGGCGGGAGCGGCGGCUGGCUUGGAGACUCCAGGCUGAUCGUUGUCUGUGUUCCCGCAGGGCAUGGAGAGGCCGGCAGCCCGGGAGCCGCAAGGGCCCGACGCGCUGCGACGCUUCCAGGGUUUGCUGCUGGACCGGCGCGGCCUGCUGCACGGCCAGGUGCUGCGCCUGCGCGAGGUGGUCCGACGUCUGGAGCGCCUGCGCAGACGCUCCUUGGCAGCUAACGUGGCUGGCAGCUCGCUGAGCGCCGCGGGCGCCCUGGCCGCCAUCGUGGGACUCUCGCUCAGCCCCGUCACUCUCGGAGCUUCGCUGGUGGCGUCGGCCGUGGGGCUGGGGGUGGCCACAGCCGGAGGGGCUGUCACCAUCACGUCCGACCUCUUGCUGAUCUUCUGCAACUCCCGGGAGCUGCGGAGGGUGCAGGAGAUCGCGGCCAGCUGCCAGGACCAGAUGCGCGAGAUCCUGAGCUGCCUUGAGUUCUUCUGCCGCUGGCAGGGCUGCGGGGACCGCCAGUUGCUGCAGUGCGGGAGGAACGCCUCCAUCGCCCUAUACAAUUCUGUCUACUUCAUCGUCUUCUUUGGCUCACGUGGCUUCCUUAUCCCCAGGCGGGCGGAAGGGAACACCAAGAUUAGCCAGGCCGUGCUGAAGGCCAAGAUUCAAAAACUGGCCGAGAGCCUGGAGUCCUGCACCGGGGCUCUGGACGAACUCAGCGAGCAGCUGGAGUCCCGCGUCCAGCUCUCCACCAAGUUCAGCCGUGGCCACGACCUCAAGAUCUCUGCUGACCAACGUGCAGAGCUGUUGUUCUGAGAACAUCCUUUCCUCCUAAUGACCGAGGCCAGCAAAUCAUCCCCAUGGGAUGCUCCAGAUUUUGUAGCUCCCUUAGGAAAACACCAACUUGGGUUAGGAGCCGAAGGCAAAAGAUGAGAAAAACUGUUUUUGAAGUGGGUGGGUCCCCACAGUCCUUCUUUUCCCAUCACCGUGACAGCUGCCUGGGCCUGAGUGCUACGGACUUUUCAGUUGUGUGAUUCUAGUGGAAGAAUGUGACCCCAAAACUGUUUUUCUUUUUAUCAAAUCCUUUCUGUCUAAACACAGCUGGACAGACACUUCUGUUUUAAAGUUAUUUCAGGGUUCCUGACCCUGCCCUGGUGGCUAGAGCUGAGACUGGAGAGGGUGCCACCCACUGGGUCCUCGCCAAGUCCUACUGGUCUUUGAAGUCCUCAAAAUGCCCGUGAGAGGAGGCACUUGCUUUUUAAAGACAGGCACUUGCCUCUCUAGCUAGAGUUUCUGAUACAAAGAACUCCAGAAUUCAGAGCAAAUCAGCCCUUCUCUGAACGUUGUAGGACGGUUCAAGACCCAGAGAGGACCCUGUUCCUCUUUGCUUUCCUCUCAGCUCACCCACUCCCAGAUGCAGCCUGAAUAUGGAGUGGGCCUUUCUUGAGUGGCUCCCAGUCCAGUCCUCCAAGUACUCAGAGGGGAAGCUGCCAAACCAUCAUCUAAGUCCUGCUCCCUCACGUGACGCAGCUGAGGCCCAGAUAGAUGGAGCGACUGAUAACUUCAUUUCCCAGAACCAUUGUGUUCAGAAGAGAGUGAUGGGUUUUGAGUUAGACCGUCCUGGGUUUGAGACAGGGUUUGUCACUACUGUGUGAGCAUAGCCACCUGAUCUCUCUGAAACUGUGUAAAACAGAGAUGAUAAAACCUCACCCUGCUGUGAGACAUUAAAUGAGCCAAAGUGCCCAGCAUAGUGCUAGUUCACAUAGUGUAGUCCCUGGAAUGGCAAAUUAACAUCACCCAGGAACUUGUUAGAAAGCAAAUUCUUGGACACAACCCCCCAAUUUAUGGAAUCAGAAACUCUGGAUGUGGGGCCCAGCAACCUGAGUUUGAACAAUUUCUCUAGGUGGUUCUGUGGCACACUAAGGUUUGAAAAGCAGUGCAACAAAUGCUAACUUCUAAUCCCCUCAAUGAGCUUUCACGAAGUCUGACAAAAGACAGACUGUGUCCCAGGAGCCAGAGAGAGAGGAUUGUGUGUGUGUGCACGCGCAUGUGCAUCCUGGGGCAGUGUCUCACCAUAUGAACUAAGGGAUGUAACACUAUAAACCCAGUAGAGGGCAGUGUUUCCCACUUAUUGUAGAAACUGGUACAGAAAGGAAUGUGAAGUUCCUGAAACUGAGCUUUCUCUAUUACUACCUUCUCCGAAAAGCGCCAGUCCAUGUAUUUUUUAAUUUAUUUUAAGUUUAUAAUUUAAGUAUUGUUUAUUAUUUGCAUUUAAUUUUAUUAAAUCACCACAUUUAGAAAAUAAUAAGAGCAAGUUUCUAAAUGGGAGACUGCUGAGGCUCUUUGCAAGAGAUGAGAUUAAGUUUGAGUUUCUAAGGCAAGGCAUGAGCUGGAAACAGCAUUGCUUUCCUUGAAUGUCUCUCUCCUUCAGGGGGAUUUUUUUCCUCUAGUGUUUUAAAUGAUCCAUUUAAGUAAGCGUGGAGAGUGUUGAAUAGCAACGCCAGAAGCUGCGUUUAAGCUUGUAAUGGAGGCUUGCAUUGUGGGAUAUAUAACUGAGGAAGCAUAUUUAUCCUGAACGUGUUUUGCCAGAAGAUAACACUUGACCUGGAAAAAGAACCUAUUUAGUUCAGGAAAAAUAAAAAUUUAGAGAUAUGUGAAGGAAGCACUUAGACCUUGCAAGCCUGAUGUCCUAUGAGUUAUGUCUUAUGGGUGACAGACAGAAUAGCAUGACUUAUGGUGGUGAUGUGUUACAUUUUCACUUUGGGAUCUGUAAGAAACUGUCAGUGAAAAUAUGUACAAUUCCUUCAAUUUCCAUUCUUAACAGCUGUAAUGUUGAAAAGUUUUUGGGACCAUACCUUCGAAAACUGUGCCUCUGUUAUUUAAUUAUUUAAUAUGCUAUAAAUGUACCUAAUCAACCCCCAUCCUUCCCAAUGAUGGCAGUAUGUCUGAGGAAGUAUAAUUUCAGUACUGGGGUUGGGGAGAGGAGGUGAUAUUUCUAUAUUUUUAUUUUUUUUCUAUAAAUUGCAAUUGUCUGUAUCCUGGUUUAUUUUGAAAUGUAUAUUGGUUUAUUUUCAAGCUGAUGUCAUCUCCUAGACUGCCUCACCCAGAUGCUAGCAUUUUACUUUUGAGACAGAGUCUCAUUCUGUCACCCAGGCUGGAGUGCAGUGGUUUGAUCUCGGCUCACUGCAACCUCCGACUCCUGGGUUCAAGCCAUUCUCCUGCUUCAGCCGCCUGAGUAGCUGGGUUUACAGAUGUGCACCAGCACACCCAGCUAAUUUUUUGUAUUUUUAGUAGAGAUGGGUUUUCGCCAUAUUGGCCAAGCUGGUCUUGAACUCCUGGCCUUAUGUGAUCUGCCCACCUUGGCCUCCCAAAGUGCUGUGAUUACAGGUGUGAGCCACCUUGCCUGGCCAGAUGCUAGCAUUUUAGAUCACCGGGAUGUACGUCACAUUGUUAGUUGUGUUGUGGGAUAAAGGUACAACCAUUCCCUAACUCUAUCAUUUAUUAAUGCUUAAGUUUAAAUUAUAUUCUUCCAAUGCCUAAGCUAUUCCCUAGAAAUAAACUGGGCGCUUUUGGAAGCAGCAGCAACAGCAGCAGCAAACUUUUCUUGUCAUUAGGAUAUUUUGGAUGUAUCAAAAGUUCUAUACUUUUGAAGUUAUGAUUUCAGUGGCCCACUUUAUAUCUAAGGAAGAGUGUCUACUUUGGAACAAUACUUUGCACAUAGUAGGAACUUAAGGAAUGCAUUUGAAUAAUUUAAUUGACUGUUUAGCUAUCUUAAUGAGAAUGUGUUGAUAACAAAACAUCAUCCGUCCCUUUAAGUGUGAGUAAGAUUGGAGCCUCUACCAAGAUUUAGUCAAUUUCAGUUAGAUUGAUUCUAGAAACAAAUAUUUAUUUAUUUCUUUUAUGGGGAUGUGAGUAAGGCUUUUCCUUAACCUUUUCUAUAAAUGAAAAGGUUGAAAUGUAUGUUGUAAAAGGGAAGAAGGAAGGGGGAUAUUUAGAUAUUAAGUGUACUUCACAAAAAUGCCAGAAUUUGAGAAAUAAAUAUCUUUGUACUAAAUGUUUAAGUGCUUCUCAGGUUUGCAAUCAUUUGGGUGGUUUUGUUUCACAAUAAAGGAGAUUCACUGGUUUCUGCAUUUUAAGGAUUCAGUAAAACUACAUUCUGCUCUGUUAAAAAAAUAAUCCUUAGCAAACAUUCGGAUCCUAAUUGCUUUGAUGCACUUCCCUUGGGCACCUGUCAUUUCCAAUAUGGCAAGUGUCAAAAUCAAAAGUAUUUACUGGGAGAAAAAAGAGAGGAGUGGUUGUGGAAGUCUCCCUAAAUCAGAUAUGCCAAGCCACUGACCAACGUGGUAUAUUUCUCAAUCAAUACUUUAGAGUGAAUUGAGAUCCUGAGAUACAGACAUUGUGCAGAGAUAAAUGGGAAUACAGUCAAACGUAGCAACUCUUGAGUUUAUUUUUCCCCACUGUAGCAAAAUUAAUGCUUUCCCUUUAUUGAAAUAAAUUGCUCAUUCCUCAAA